CUCUUCCGUACCCUCUCCAUCUCUCCCCUCAUCAUCCAGCUUUAGGCCAGCAUUCAGUGACUUUGGCCCACCCUCCAUGGGCUUUGUUCAGCCUGUCAAAGUGUCUCAAGGGUCCACCUACAGUGAGCUCCUCUCUGUCAUUGAGGAGAUGAGCCGUGAGAUCAGGCCUACAUACGCAGGGAGCAAGAGCGCUAUGGAGAGGCUAAAGAGAGGGAUAAUCCAUGCCCGUGCACUGGUCAGGGAGUGUCUUGCAGAGACGGAAAGAAGCGCCCGCACAUAACCUUUUGGAAAAGCUCCCUUCAUCCCUUCCCUUGUAAAAGCCCUCCCUGGUCAUUGUCUGAUUUACCACCUUUUUCUUUAUCCUUCCAUGUUUUAUGCUUUUCUCCUGGCUUUUUAAAGGUGCAAAAUAUCCUUUUUGUCUCCACCAAUCCCUGAAUCCCACCACACCUGUUCUGUUUUUCUGUGACCUGUGUAUGCAACAUAGUUUUGUAUCUACUUUGAAAUAAGAGUGUGGGGAAUUUAAACACAUUUUUAAGUAGACAUGGGAAAACACAUUUUUAAGUAGUCGUGGGAAAAACCUUGGAUGGGAAUGUUUAUAGUAUUUGUUCAAUAAUUGCAGUUGACCAAGAAGACUGACUUUUCUUAAAAUGUUCACCAUUUAAGAUAAGCAAAGUUCAAACUGCACGUUUCCUCAAGUUUCUAACCCAGCACCACUCUGAAACCACUUAAUGUUUUCUGAUUUCCUUUGUUUUCACCAUAUUAUGUAGUGUAAACAUAGUAGUUUCGCAGUCCCAAUACCUCUGUACAUCUCAAGUCAGUUUGUUAGUAUGGAAAUUUUGUAAACCAGAUUUUUGCAGUUCAUUACGUAUAUCUUAAUUAAAUAACAAGAAAAAAAAA